GAGGACAACGAUGUUGUUGCGAACUAUCCGCUAGAGUUUCUCAACAAGCAGCAGCCUUCAGGAAUGCCACCGCACAAGUUAGUUCUAAAAAGAGGUGCGUUGAUAAUGCUAUUGCGCAACCUUGAUCCAGCCAAUGGCCUGCUCAAUGGCACACGCCUGGUGGUUGAUGAGCUCCACACAAACUUCAUCAUAGCUACUAUUGUAACCGGAUCCAGGAGAGGUAGCAGGGCAGUCAUACCAAGGAUCGACAUGGCACCGAGCGAGACACAGCUGCCAUUCAUACUCAAGAGAAGACAGUUUCCGGUUCUUCUUUCGUUUGCGGUGACAAUCCACAAGUUACAGGGCCAGUCAUUUGACAAGGUGGGUGUUUAUCUGCACAGCCCAGUCUUUGUGUAUGGUCAGUUGUACGUAGCUUUGUCGAGAGUGCGCUAUGAAAACGGUCUAAGGGUAUAUGUUGCUGGCAAUGGAUGCCAAGGAAAGCGUGAGAAUGAUAAAGUAUACACAAGAAAUGUUGUGCAUACUAAGCCAUUAUAA